UGCUUUCAGGCAAGUUAAAGCAAGAAUUAGAUUAAAAGCAUAUUAAUAGAUUUUUAAUGCAGGCACAACUUGAGCCCUUGCUUAAGGAGGACACGUUGAUAGCCAAAUUUUCAGAGGAUUCAAAUCAUUUGGCAGCCUUUAAUGUGGCGCUGUCUAUCUACCUGAAGUGUUUGCAAAAUUCUACAAGCUCAAGGUGCAAAUUAUUUUGUGUCUCUCACGUUGGAUUACAGAUGCCAUUAAGCGCUUCAAAGGCAAACAACAGCAACAGUUUUCCCAAGGCAUUCACACGACAAAACUAUUGAUUACAAUUGCAUGUAGAUACGCGCAAGCUGCACCAAAGAUCCUCAAACAUUCAGUUAUUUAAUGAUGUUAUGAAGAAUUCUAUGGCUGCUCUGGCUGAUAACCUAAGCAAUCAAUUGCUCAAGAUACAGCAGACACUGAAAGAGCCACUCAAAACUUUUGCGCAGUUCGGUUUGUUGGUGGUGCAGCAAAUUCUAUCACAUGUCUGCAGUAUUCUAACUACGGCCUAUUAUAAUGAAGAAAGCGAUAUGCUUGCUUCUGUGCAGAAGACUGACGAGUCUUGGCGUCGUCUGUGCAACUUGAAGAGCGUUGCGACAACAUCGCAGGCUAGUCUUGCCAUGACGGAAGAUGAUAAGAUACGCCAGCAGCUGCGUGUUUAUGUUGCCAAUUGGCAAUUGGAGCUAUCCAAGCUGAACUGGUGGAGGACAGUAUUAAGUCCAAAGAAAGCAAUGCUUACGACGAGCUGGACUAUUAUAUUUUGCUGGAGCGCAUGUUGCCGCCGUUCGAGCGUUGCUUCUUCUACUGCCCGCUGCCUGAGUCUGAGUGCGCGACAAGUACUUACGGCAGACCACUUAACUUACGUUUCAACGGAUUUGCGUCCCACGGAAAUAUAUCGCGCGGCCAGCAGCCAUGUGGAAACUUAUCCGGCGCGCGUGCUUAGCGCUGGCGCACGUUCGGGCAUCUUUAUGGCGCUGCAGAGCUUUAAGCAGGAGGUGGACUAUGCUUGUCGUGGCCCUUACGCUGAUCUAUUGCUACGAUCGUGCAGAGAGUGAGCUGCUAGUGCGUGAAUUCCAACGCGUGCACAGCUUGAGUGGCACACUUCGCUGACUUACAACACGGAAAUCUCCCAGAGGCCAACUUUGAUCUGAAUGAAAUCUUGGCGACGGAGAAGGAUACGGACUUCAUGCGCGAGUAUCCUGGCUCGCAAAUGUCGCGACUCUCCAUUUACUUCAAGCAAAGUCAGUCAAGCAUGUUUCUCACCAGAAAAACUUAAU